AUGCCCGGGGCACUUCGGGGGUGCCUUUUGCUAUUUAGUGGGUACCCCCCCUCGGCCCUUCCACCCCCCGGUCCUCUUCCCCCCUUCCCCCCCGAAAAACAGGAAAAUUCUCUUUCCUUCACCCCAACCCAUUCUCUCGGCUUCAAAACAAUGGCUUCCAACCAAGAUGACACGACCGUUCAGGUCAACAAAGAAGAGCUCAGACGGGCCAGCGACUUGAUUGUCAUGCGCCUCAUGGAGGUGCAGUCUUACAUUGCUGACCUAGGCAAGGCCUACGUCCAGCAUGUAAACAACAUCACUGAAGGACGCGAUGCCAACAUUGAGCUCCCCCUCGGUCCUUCUGGAUUCAUGGGCCCGGAUUUUCUUUUCCGUGCCGGCAGCCCCGGCGCCAAGUCUGAGGCUGGUGGCCCCAAGAAGCGCAAGCGCGCGCCCGUCGACCCCAACGCGCCCAAGCGUGCCUUGACACCCUACUUCUUGUAUAUGCAGCACAACCGCAGCAAGAUCGCCGCCGACCUGGGCAAUGAUGCGCGCCCCAAGGAUGUCGCCGACGAGGGCACCCGGCGCUGGCAGAGCAUGGAAGAUACCCAGAAGGAGGUCUGGAAGAAGAUGUAUGCCGCCAACUACGACCAGUACAAGCGCGAUAUGGCAGCCUACAAGGCCAGCAACAAGGUUGAGGAGGACCACGAUCCCGCAGCCAACCAACUGCAACAGGACUUUGCCGGUGCCGAGCCCGAGGCUGAGGCUGAGGCUGGGGUCGAGGGUGAGGCUGAGCCCGAGGAGUCUGCCGAAGAGUCAACCGAAUCAUCCGACGAGUCGCAGUCCCCGUCUCCUGUGAAGGAAAAGACCCCGCCGCGCAGCACCACCAAGCGCCGCCGCAGUGAUACCAAGGCCAAGGAAGCCGAGACUCCUGCCAAGUCGCCUGUCAAGCGGGGUCGCAAGGCUGCGGAGCCGGUGUCAACACCGGCUGUCAAGACACCGGCUGAAAACAAGCGUAGGAGCAAGAAGCGCAAGAGCGAGCCUGAAAAUUCAGUUAUCCUGCACGCCAAGAACUGCCAGGUUCAGGUUCCACAUGCACUAUGCAGCUUAUUCCGAAGGAGGCAACUUGACAAGCUUACCAUCGCCCACCUAGGCUUCUUGGCACAGCGUCGUUUAGCACGUGGAGUGCGGCUCAACCAUGCAGAAGCUGUGGCCCUGAUAGCCUCAGUGCUACACGAGUUAAUCCGCGAUGGCCAGUACUCCGUCGCCGAUCUGAUGUCCAUCGGCAAAACAAUGCUCGGCCGCCGCCACGUCCUCCCCUCCGUACUGGCAACCCUCGUCGAGCUACAAGUCGAGGGAACUUUCACCUCUGGUACCUACCUGGUAACCGUGCACCACCCGAUCAGUAGCGACGAGGGCGAUCUCGAGCGUGCCCUGUAUGGCAGUUUCUUGCCCGUCCCCGCGCCCGAGGCAUUCCCCGACCCGGACCCGGAGGAUUUUGUGCCUGAGAAGAUGCCCGGCGCGGUUAUCCCUGUUAAGCAUGCGCGCGUGCAGUUGAGUGCUGGGAAGAGGCGUAUUAGGCUUAAGGUUAUGAGCAAAGGGGAUCGACCGAUUCAGGUCGGAUCCCAUUACCAUUUCAUCGAGACGAACCCGCAGCUGCACUUCGACCGCUUGCAGUCGUACGGCUUCCGACUGGACAUCCCUGCGGGCACAUCGAUCAGAUUCGAGCCCGGUGAUACGAAGACGGUUACGCUCGUCGAGAUCGGUGGGAAUCGCGUCAUCCGCGGUGGAAAUUGGCUGGCGAAUGGGCCGGUGGAUAUGAGUCGUGCCGACGAGAUUAUAACCAAGCUGCAGAUAGCUGGAUUUGCGCAUGUGCCAGAGCCGCAGGCGGACAGCGCACUUGUUGCUGGAUUCUCGAUGGAGCGCGAGGCGUACUCGCGCAUGUUUGGUCCUACGACGGGGGAUCUGGUGCGGCUUGGGUUGACGGAUUUGUGGAUUAAGGUUGAGAAGGAUAUGACGACUUAUGGGGAUGAGUGUUCUUUUGGUGGGGGCAAGACGCUGCGAGAGGGGAUGGGCCAGGCGUCUGGUCGGUCUCAUACCGAGUGUGUUGAUACCGUUAUUACGAAUGCGUUGAUUAUCGAUUGGACUGGUAUCUACAAGGCUGAUAUCGGUAUCAAGGAUGGGCUUAUUGCUGGUAUUGGUAAGGCUGGGAAUCCGGAUGUCAUGGACGGCGUGCAUCCUGAUCUGGUGGUGGGUUCAUCUACGGAUGUCAUUGCUGGAGAGAACAAGAUUGUUACCGCUGGUGGUAUCGACACGCACAUCCACUUGAUCUGCCCGCAGCAGGUGGAUGAAGCCUUAGCAUCGGGAAUCACCACUUUCCUCGGCGGUGGCACCGGUCCUAGCACUGGAUCAAACGCGACGACAUGUACACCGGGACCGAAUCACCUGCGCCAGAUGAUGCAAGCAUGUGAUAGCCUGCCGAUCAAUAUCGGCAUCACCGGAAAGGGCAACGACUGUGGAAAGAAGAGCAUCGAAGAGCAGAUCCUAGCAGGCGCAGCAGGCCUCAAGCUUCACGAAGAUUGGGGCUCCACCCCAGCAGCAAUCGACAACUGCCUCGAAGUCUGCGACAAGUACGAUGUGCAGUGCAUGAUCCACACGGACACACUGAACGAAUCCGGCUUCGUCGAGCAGACCAUCGAAGCCUUCAAAGGCCGCACAAUCCAUACCUACCACACCGAAGGCGCAGGCGGCGGCCACGCCCCAGACAUCAUCUCUGUCGUCGAACACCCUAACGUCCUCCCCAGCAGCACAAAUCCCACCCGUCCCUUCACCCUCAACACCCUCGACGAACAUCUCGACAUGUUAAUGGUCUGCCACCACUUAUCGAAGAACAUCCCCGAGGACGUGGCUUUCGCCGAAAGCCGCAUCCGCGCAGAGACCAUCGCCGCCGAAGACGUCCUCCAAGACCUCGGCGCGAUCAGUAUGAUGUCCUCCGACUCCCAAGCAAUGGGCCGCUGCGGCGAAGUAAUCCUCCGCACCUGGCACACAGCGCACAAGAACAAGACACAGCGCGGCCCGCUCGGAAGCGACGCCGACAGCGGCGCGGACAAUUUCCGCGUGAAGCGGUACAUCAGCAAGUACACGAUCAACCCUGCUCUCGCGCAGGGGAUGGCGCAUCUAGUCGGGUCCGUGGAGGUCGGCAAGGUAGCCGAUCUGGUAAUGUGGAAGUCGGCGACGUUCGGCACGAAGCCUGUAUCUGUUCUGAAGAGCGGGAUGAUUGUUACUGCCGAGAUGGGAGAUCCGAAUGCGUCGAUCCCAACUGUCGAGCCGAUGAUUAUACGGCCGAUGUUUGGUGCGCGCGUCCCGGCUACGUCUAUUAUGUUUGUUUCGCAGGCUUCUAUCGAUGCGGGGAUCGUGCAGACGUACGGAUUGAAGAAGCGCAUUGAGGCUGUGAGGAAUUGUCGCUCGGUUGGGAAGAAGGAUAUGAAGUUUAAUGAUGCUAUGCCGAAGAUGAAGGUUGAUCCGGAGAGUUAUACUGUUGAGGCAGAUGGGGUGCUUUGCGAUGCAGAGCCGGCUUCGGAGUUGCCCUUGACACAGGCGUAUUAUAUCUUCUGA